UACGUUACGUGUGCCGCCAUAAACCAAAUAAAAAUUCUUCUGCUGAGUCUUGGAUAGAGAGCAUAUAGGCCAAGAACUGCUUUAGUGUUUUAGAAGAGAUGCAUCUGUGGCCAUCAUUGAAACUUCGAAACUCCUUCAAGAGCCCUAGCCAGAAGAGAUUUCAAAGGAUGAACAGUGGGAAACAAAGCCAAAGCAAUCAGCAGAAACUCCUUGACGGCGACAACAAAGAAUCAGGCAGCACCGAGAUUUCAUCUGGUGGUGGGUUUGCUCUUGUUUGCAGAGAUGUUGCCAUGGUUCUUUCUUGCUGCUACUGCUGUUUCUGUUGUGGAGCUUGCAUUGAUGAUGAAGAGAUUUGAUGCAAGAUCCUGGUGGAGGAGGAUGUGAAAAGAUAGAUAUUAGCCUUAGUUAAACACCAGUGUCUCAAUUAGAAAAAUAUAGUUUUAUAUUAACUUUCUGUUGUAAAACACUUAGUGGACUUUAUCUGACCGGCCCGUCUAUUAGCUCUAUAGUUACGGCCCAUUGUACUAAGGCCCAUUCGGCCAUGUCCUUAGUUAUGUCGGUUUGUACUUAGUCUCUUAUGGGACUCUAUAUAUAUGUUGUAACCUCAAUUCAUUCAAUAAUAAGACAAGAGAUUUCGUUCC